AUGGCAAACUGCAACGCCCACACUAUUAUACAUAUGAAACAGCAAAUCGAAUUUCUCGAGUACCAGAUCGAGUUCUGUGCGGUGCAGAACCAGCGACUGUACCACGUCCUCUUUGAGUCUCAUUUGUUCGCCCCGUGCAGGCUAUGGAGGGACAGAUUCAUGUUUACCCCAAAGUCUCACGAUCAUGGGUUCGCCGAUGGCUUUGUGGAGUGCUACACAAUGUAUCAGGGGGAGAGAUCCGCGCUGAUCAGAUAUGUCUUUGGGCUGAGGCAGAGGCUGGAGCAACUUGCCAGGUUUCUGGUCCGCGAGGAAACAGGUAGAGUAGGUAGAGUAGGUGGGUAG